AAUCUCCUUGGAAAGAUAGACAUGCAAACAACCCAAAACAAAAAAAAAAUGCAAGCUUCGGUUCUUGUUUCCCUUGCCUUGGUAGCCGCAUGGCUCAUCUACACAAGGUGGUCCGACUCGAGGCGGCAGCAGCGACACAAGUUCCCUCCGGGGCCGCCUUGUCUUCCGAUCAUCGGCAACAUGCUACAACUCGGCCCAAACCCUCACAAGUCCCUCGCUAACCUCUCCAAAACAUACGGCCCCUUGAUGUUCCUCAAGCUCGGGAACCAAUCCGUCGUCGUUGCCUCAUCGCCCGAGACGGCUAAAGAAGUCCUUCAAAAACAUGGCCACGUCUUCUUGACGCCCUUCACUCCCAACGCAGUGUGCGUGCACGGCCACGGCGACGUCUCGAUGGCCAUGCUCCCCGCCGCCUCAGACAUAUGGAAAAAGAUCCGACGAAUAGCCAGAGAGAAACUCUUCUCCAGUCAAGCUCUCCAAGCCACUCAGAUUAUCCGGCGAGAAAGGCUGCGGAAGCUCAACGACUAUAUCAACAUGUGCAGCGGAGAGGGCCUCCCUAUGAACGUCGGAGAAGCCACCUUCACCACCAUGUCCAACCUCAUGUUUGCUACCCUUUUCUCCAUUGAAAUCAUCCAAUACGGUGUUAUAAACAAGAAAUUCAAAGAGCAUGUUAAGGCUAUCACAAGGUAUAUGGGAGUUCCCAAUGUUGCAGAUUUCUUCCCCAUCUUUGCUCCUUUGGAUCCACAGGGGUUGAGACGGAAGCUCACUCAUCACCUCGGGAGCUUGCUUGAGUUAGUCCAGAGCCUCAUCGAUCAGCGACUGCAGGAAAGAACGGCGUCGUCUUACCACAAGAAGAGUGAUUUCCUUGAAACUCUCCUAGACCUCUCCCAAGGAAACGAGUAUGAUUUGAGCAUUAAAGAGAUCAAGCAUUUGUUUGUGGAUUUAAUUAUUGCAGGAUCAGAAUCAAGUGCGGCCACGACAGAGUGGGCAAUGGUGGAACUACUACUCCACCCCGACAAAAUGGGAAAGUUGAAAGCAGAGCUGAAGAGUGUUAUUGGAGAGAAAAGCAUCGUGGAAGAAUCAGAUAUCUCAAGACUCCCAUACUUGCAAGCUACCAUCAAUGAAGUGUUCCGUCAUCACCCUCCUGCGCCUCUCUUAGCUCCUCAUGUUGCGGAAGAUGAAGCGCGAGUCAAUGACUAUAUAAUACCCAAAAAUGCUAAAAUAUUUGUCAAUGUUUGGGCAAUCAUGAGAGAUCCAAGCAUCUGGAACGAUCCGGAGAGCUUUGAGCCUGAACGAUUUAUAAAUAACGACAUAAAUUUUGGAGGGCAGCAUUUGGAGCUAAUUCCAUUUGGUUCAGGACGGAGAAUAUGCCCGGGCUUGCCACUAGCUAGCCGCAUGUUGCACUGCAUGGUGGCAACGAUGUGUCACAACUUCGAUUGGAAGCUUGAAAAAGGGGCAGAAUCCAAAAAACUCCAAAGAGAAGAUGUGUUUGGACUAGCACUGCAGAAGAAAACCCUUCUUAGAGCAAUUCCCAUCAAGGUUUAAUAAUUACUGUAUGUCAUAUGGUGGGCUUGCAUGUUUGAUAUGAUAUUAAAAUUUAAAAUAAAUAUGGAAGACAUCCAGUUUUUGGAUAGUCCUGAUCAGAUGAGACAUUUAGUGUCUCUUAUUACUAGAUAUACUGAAUAAAUUUGAUCCUCUGCAGUGUAUUAAAAUACAGCAUUUGCUGCUGUGCUUAAAACGCACAAAACAAUAAAUAAAACGCCAACUUAUGGCUUUUCUUGUUA